CGGCGGAUGGAGGGCAGAUCGUUUAUCCCAUGACGCCGGUUUCGGGGCAUAUGAGCAGCCACGAACGGGCAGGGUGUUACAACCCCCCGCUCCCCCAACCGAAUCUUCAAAUAUUUCUACUGCUGUGUAUGGUCUCCUCUCGGUUCUGAGCCCUUCAUUCCCUGCGCCCGGCAGUCAAUACCGCCUAUACAUACAACAAGCAGCCGGCGACAAGAUAGGGGUUUGCUGCAAAGAGAGAGAGAGAAAAACAAAGCCAAAAAAGAAAGCUUGAGCUCCACUCACGCCAUGGCCAGCGCCAGUACCGAGAAGCCUGCGGCCGAGCACCGUGACGAUGGGGGCGGCCAGGUCGAGCCGGCGUACGACUCCCCGCCGUGGCGCGGCAUGUCGACCGGCCGGUAUCUCGCCACCCGCGUCUCGAGCCUGAAGCCACCAAUGACCAAGGCUCCGAAUCCAAUCAGGCUUUUGCUCAUGCUCGACCGCCACUGCUGGGCGUUCUUUUUGGUGGCCUUUGUCGCGUGGACAUGGGACGCGUUCGACUUCUUCACCGUCUCGCUCACCGUCCCCCAGCUAGCCAAGUCCUUUGGGAGGACCAACACGGACAUCACAUGGGGCAUCACCCUGGUGCUGAUGUUCCGGAGCGUGGGGUCCAUCCUGUUCGGCAUAGCAGCCGACCGCUAUGGCCGCAAAUGGCCCUUUAUAGUCAACAACAUCCUGUUCAUCCUGCUGGAGCUUGGCACGGGGUUUUGCAACACGUAUGGCGAAUUCCUUGCCUGCCGCGCCUUGUUUGGCGUCGCCAUGGGCGGCCUGUACGGAAACGCCGCCGCGACGGCUCUUGAAGACCUGCCAGAGGAGGCGAGAGGCCUGAUGAGCGGCAUCCUGCAGCAAGGAUACGCGUUCGGUUACCUCCUGGCGACGGCCUUCGCGCGGGCGCUGGUCGACACGACGCCGCACGGCUGGCGGCCGCUGUUCUGGUUCGGCGCGUGCCCGCCGGUGCUCAUCAUCGCGUUCCGCCUCGCGCUGCCCGAGACGCGGGCCUACGGGGAGCAGAAGGAGCUGCGGCGCGCGGCCGCGGCGGCGGGGUCGUCGGCGUCGCGGACCUUUUUCCGCGAGGCAAAGGUGGCGCUGCGCCGGCACUGGGCGCUGCUCGGCUACCUGGUCCUGCUCAUGGCGGGCUUCAACUUCAUGUCGCACGGCAGCCAGGACCUGUACCCGACCAUGCUCACGUCCCAGUUCGGCUUCUCGGCCGACGACGUGACCGUCACGCAGAUCGUCGCGAACCUGGGCGCCAUGCUGGGCGGCACCGUGGUCGGAUACUGCUCCCAGAUCGUCGGGCGGCGGCUCUCCAUCCUCGUCUGCUGCGUCGUGGGCGGGGCGCUCCUGUACCCUUACACGUACGUGUCGACGCGCUCGCUGGCGGCGGCCGCCUUCUUUGAGCAGUUCUGCGUCCAGGGGGCCUGGGGCGUGAUCCCCAUCCACCUCAUGGAGCUGUCGCCGGGCGCGUUCCGCACCUUCGUGGUCGGCACGUCGUACCAGCUCGGCAACCUGGUCUCGUCGGCCUCGUCCACCAUCGAGUCCACCAUCGGCGAGAGGUUCCCGCUGCCGGCCAAGACUGGCGGCGGCGGCGGCGAGAUCCGGCACGAGUACGGCAAGGUGAUUUGCAUCUUCAUGGGGUGCGUGUACGUGUACGUUAUCGUCUUGACGUUCCUGGGGCCCGAGCACCUGCGGCGCAGCUUCGAUGUCGAGCACGACGAGGACGCGCGCGAGGUGGCGGGGGAGCAGGGCGUCGCUCAGGCUGCGAAGAAGGGCGAUCGGGUUGAGUGUGAGCAGACGGUGGAAUCCAAGAGUGUGGUGUAGGAGGGCGGGCAGGACGGCGGGGUGUUUUGUACGUGGACACGGAUGAGGAUAAAAGUCAUGAUGAUAAACAAAAAGAGCGUGAUCUGAACUCG